GAGAGAGAGAGAACAGAAGACAAAUACGUUCUUCUCUGGAGUUAGUUCUUGUGAUGUGAGAUUAAGUAAAGGAGAGAACAGCCGUCGUCAUAUCAUUCCGUGUCUACCAGAAUCUUCAUAGAUAGUUUUCCUCUCUUAUUUUUUUUGGCUCGCUUUUCUGCUGCAUACCCCCAAAGCUUUCAACUUUGAUUCAAAGUCCAGCCUUUGGGAUUCAAGUUUCAGUUUUCUCACUCUUGGGUACCAGCAAUCAGCUCAUUGGAUGAUAGUGAAUGUGAAUAUUAGGCUGAAUGUGGUUAAAGCUCUCCUUGUGUGUAAUGUAGUUUCUGUUAUGUUGACAAUGAAGAAUAACGUUGUGGGAGUGGCUGGGAAGACACUAGUCGGCAGACUUGAGUCGCAAACAAUAACGAACAUCCAUACUGCUCUAUUUAUUUGAAGAUCGGGUGCAAAACGGAUGAGUAACUUCGGGUCUUCCAAAGCUAUGUCUUCAUCAUUUCCAAAUCUCUCUACCCCUCUUGAUGAUAAGUAUUCCAGAUUGCCAGAUUCUUUUCAGGUUUCAUCACAAAGGGAGAAGACUAGAUAUUCUAUGUUACCACAGGCUUCUUCCCCGGGGCACUUAGUUUCAUCAUCUUCCAGGCCCAAUGAUGUUCAUUUUUCCUCAGUUUCCCCUUGUGAAAGGCGUUCCCAAAAUUCUCCAUUCAUUUUUAAAUUACCAGUUGAUGAAAAAUCAUUGUCACUGACACAUUCUUCCCAUUCAGAAGUACAACCUACAGCAUUGAUUAAUUACUCUGAAGAAAAUAAAGAUAUUUCCUGGUACCCAGAUUCACUUCAGGAAUUUCUUCAUUUCCCUGAAAAUGUCCCUGACCAGAAUGGCCUGGUGGAUAGUAGUGCUGGUGUCAUAACAUCUGAGGAUCAUGCUGAAAAGACCGAUUGGUCUGAUUGGGAUCCAUUAAUUUCCUUUGAUGAUGCUCUGGACCCAAACUGGGAGCUUCCCAUUGAUGUUGAUGCAGUGGAUCCCAAACCAAAGGUGUUGAACCCAUAUUCUGAUAUCCUGGUGCAGCCGCCCCUGAUUCAACAGCAUCAGCCAGUUCAAUCUGAAGAAUUUCGUCCCAGCCCUGAACCAUUGUCCACUGCACCUCCAACCAAACCCAGAAUGCGUUGGACACAAGAACUUCAUGAAGCCUUUGUGGAAGCUGUCAACCAGCUUGAUGGUAGUGAACGAGCUACUCCUAAGGGUAUUUUAAACCUCAUGAAAGUUGAAGGCUUGACAAUCUAUCAUGUAAAAAGCCAUUUACAGAAAUAUAGAACAGCCAGAUACAAACCGGAGUCAUCAGAAGGAGCGUGUGAGAAAGUUUCAACUCCGGUUGAAGAAACAAAUUCUCUAGACUUGAAAGCGAGUUUGGGGAUUACUGAAGCAUUGCGGUUGCAGGUGGAGCUCCAAAAGCGGCUUCACGAACAACUUGAGAACCAAAGAAAUUUGCAGUUGCAAAUUGAAGAACAAGGAAAGUACCUUGAAAAGAUGUUUAAGCAACAGAGAAAGAUGGAAGACAGCAGGGUGAAGCCCGCAUCAUCCACUGUGGAUGACCACGCUACUCCACCAUCAAAUCUUGUGUGUCCUUCCCCUGGAGAGGAUAAACCAGAGACCUCCAAACAUGACCAUGAGAAAACACUAAUAAGCGCUAGUAGUGCGAGCACCCCCUUGGAAGAAGGUUCACAAGAUGCAAAUAGGAAGAAGCAGAAGGCACGAGAAACCGAAAGUCAAGAGGAGCCUGACCACCCAGGUGAUGUUGAGUCUGGUACCCAGCCCACAAAACGUGCCAAGAAUGGAUGAAACAUCGGUAUAAUCGAUUGAGUUGCUCCGUAUUGAAAUCUUAUAUCAUGCAUUUUGCUGCUCCAGGAGUUCUCUCGUCCCAGUUUCGGUGGUUUAAACUAUAGUUCAUGGUUGACCAAAACAUAAAACCUUAGUUCAUGAGUUUCCUGAUUAGCAUUCUCUGACUAGGGAUGGAUUCUUUCUUUCUACGUUGAGAAAUGUCACCACCACCUAGAAUGAUGGGUUUACUUUUUGUGCUUAUGAGAUGCUUAUUAUUAAUUAUUAGAUGAAAUUGUUCAAAAGUGAAUAA